UUGGAAACCUCCCGUCUCCCUCCACAGCUAACCUGGCCACACUGCAGUCCUACAGGCCCAUUCUGAGUGAAUAUGGACCUCCAUCUCUAGGAUUCUCACAGGGCUCUACUGGCAGUCAAGUGCCUCAGAAUAAAUAUGCAGAACUGCUGUCCAUCAUUGAAGAACUUGGAAAGGAAAUCAGGCCCACAUAUGCAGGAAGCAAAAGUGCAAUGGAGAGACUGAAAAGAGGAAUAAUUCAUGCCAGAGGACUGGUGCGUGAGUGCUUGGCUGAGACAGAAAGAAAUGCAAGAUCCUAGCCAUAAACACACCUUCCUCCCUGCAGGAAGUACUUUUUGUGGCAAAAAAAAAAAAAAUAAAAUAAAAACUUGCAUGGCAUUUCCUCUGAAAGGAGGAAGUAAAUAAAAGGAUGAAAGUUGUUAGAAAGGAAAACAUUUGCAAACUGAAAUGACUCCUGAAGAGUCUGGACUUCAAUCAUGUGACACAAAUUGGGAAUUUGAUAAGACAUGGUUUUUAUGUCCCACUUUUGGGAUCUUAGUUUUGACUUUAUUUUGGUUUUUGCAUGUGAACUAGAUCGUGGGUUAACCGUAGGUACUGCAUGGCUUAUACAGAGGUAAUUGGACAAAACCUUUUCAUUUUUUGAUGGUAUUUGGUCCGUUUUUCAGACCUGUAGAACUGAACUGAGCAGGAGAGAGGGACAGAUGUGCCAAAUGCAUCAGCUUAUCUGUGAUGAAGUUGGUAUUGAAAUGAAAAUGCCGUUACUUGCAUCUUUAUAAGUAUUUAUUACUCACUGUAAUAAAUUGUAUUUUCAAUACAGUG